AUGGGCUGGCUAUGGGGAUCAAGUCCUAAGGACACUACUAAAGAUACUUCUCAACCCACUCCCACCCCUCCCACCAUUGCAGAGGCACCACAGCAAAAUGUACCACCUAAGACCUUGACCCCCGACGAACAAGCCGACCUGGAAUUCAGCCAAAUCCUAGCCGAUCUCAGAUCAGAAGAUUCCUCACUAUCAAAACAAACUCUUACACCCGAGGGCAAUGUCGUGUCUACACCCCAAUCAGCCAUCGCCCCAGAAUCUCUGUAUCAAGAUACCAUGUCUUGCCGCAAUGCCUUCGACUACGCCUUCUUCUGCCAAUCCUUCGGUGGCCAAUUCGUGAACGUCUACCGAUACGGUGAACUCAGGUCCUGCAGCGAACAUUGGGACAAUCUUUGGCUGUGUAUGAAGACUCGCACUUGGCCCGAGGACUUGCGCAGGCGGGAAAUCCGAGACCACAACCGGAAGAAGGCAAUCAAGUACAAAACCGGCCCCAGUAGCGAGGAUGUGUGGGAUGUACGAUUGGACCCUGCUACAGAGUCCUUCAAGGGGGACUUUGCUGCCCUGGAGAAGGAGAUAAAGGCGGAAGAGGAAGCAGCGAAACAAAAGGCUGCAUGA